GCUGAUGGUACCUUUAAGGAGGCUAGAUUUAUGUCUUCACUCGGGGAGAUCGGUCAGCGAGUUCUGAGGUGGUUAGUCGCCCUGUGAAAGGUGACAUCACGCAGAAGGGCUAUGAGAAGAAGCGGUCCAAGCUGAUUGGAGCGUUCUUCCCACAAGCACCAGGAAUGGAUCCGUCCAUGGGCCAGGAGAGGAGAGCCCCGGUCACCCCGUCCUCGUCCUCCCGCUACCACCGCCGGCGGUCUUCUGGCUCCAGAGACGAACGUUACCGAUCAGAUGUGCACACUGAGGCAGUGCAGGCGGCCCUGGCCAAGCACAAAGAGAGGAAGAUUGCGGUGCCGAUGCCUUCGAAGCGGCGGUCGCUAGUGGUCCAGACCUCAAUGGACGCCUACACGCCACCAGAUACCUCCUCAGGCUCAGAGGGCGAGGGUCAGGGCGACGGCAAUGAAGAGGAGGGAGGAGACGGCGAAGAAGAGGACGGAGGAGGCGGCCGGGAGGGGAGCAUCAGCAUGGAGCACUGGAUAAACCGGGCCAUCCAUGGCACCUCCUCCACCACCACCACCUCCUCCACGGCCUCCUCCUCCUCUUCCUCCACACGCAGCGGGGGGAGCGGGGCGGCCGGCGGCAGGCUGGCUGACGUCCUGGCCCAACACGUCCACAUCUCCGCCCACCACCACCACCUCCGCCACCACCACCAUCACCACCACCACCACCACCACAAAACAGAGAACCACUCUGCCCCUCCAGAUGUCACCGGCUACACCAACAACACCGUCGACGGUAUCCAGGUGGAGAGGGCCCCGGGCGCCGGCACCGCCGCCCAGAGACAGACGCCCAAGUACGGCAACGCCGAGCUGAUGGAGACCGGAGACGGUGUUCCAGUGAGCAGCAGAGUUUCAGCCAAAAUCCAGCAGCUCGUCAACACUCUGAAACGACCCAAACGGCCGCCGCUAAGAGAGUUCUUUGUCGACGACUUUGAGGAACUUCUGGAAGCGUGA